CAUAAUGGAUGUCCUAUCUGGCGAAAGUAUAUGUGAAUUAAAAGAAGUAGACUUCGGAUCUGUUCCAGUCGACACAGUUGUUGAAAAAUCAGUUUGGGUUGAAAAUACAUCCAAUGAACCUUUGACCUACCGCGUUGCACUAAUCUACGUCAUAAAUACCGUUGACCAAGUAUUCAACCUGUCGGUGACGUCUGCCCCGGUCAAGCCUCGGGAAAGCGUCGAGGUUCUGGCCCGCUUCCGACCCAAAGUCCCGGGACAGUCCUACACGGACUAUUACAUGGUCGAUGAUACGGCUGGCAACACUUACAGGUUCACCAUCUUUGGGAAGUCCAUUGGUCCAGAUGUAACACUAAGUGAAAAGAAGCUUACUUUAAAAAUCUGUAAAAAUAUUCUGGAGCAAAGGAAGGCAGUGGUGAAUAUCAUCAACAGAUCCGCUGUGGAAACUACUUACCAAUGGCUUUUGCCCUUAGCUGGGCAAGGAUAUUUCCAGAUAUCUACAGGUAACUGUGGAUUGAUAAGAGCAUACGAAACUAUAAAGACUACUGUGCUGUUUAGCGGCACAGCUCUUGGAGUUUACACAGCUGAGCUGGCCUUGCUGGUCUUACAUCAGGCUCCCCAAUUUCUUAACAUGAUAGCGACUAUCUUUUUACACGGCAACCCGUUGUUCGCAACGACUAACCACGUCUUUGAAAAGAAUAUCAAACGCAAAAACCGCUUCACUCAUCUGAUGGAGAACAGUCUCAAUCGCUUGUGUUACAUACCUACGGCGUCAGUGUUCGAUAAAUACCUGGACUUUGGAGUCGGAAGUGUGUCUGAUGUCACGAGGAACAUAUCGCAGACUCUGUGCGUCACAAAUCACGAAGAGCAAGAGGGCUAUAUACAAUGGAUUCCAGAUCCUGAUAAUAUCUUCCUAAUAGACCCGAUUGAGUCCAUAAUACCUGCAAAAGAAUCAAAAUUGUUUACUGUCCGGUUCAGGCCUAAAAUGGAAGCAGAGGUUUACGGCUAUCUAAUGUGCGGCGAUUUCCAAUACGAGAGCUAUGACAAGUAUAUUGAAGACGUGGCAAUCAAACACACGUGGUUUAGAAUAUCCUGCAUUGGCAACACCUGGUCUCACUGCACCGAAUGGGCCACAGAAUGGGAUUGUCCUGCUGAACUGAUUCUACCACCCACUGUCCCCCACAGAACCACUUAUGGCAACUUUAUGUUGUCAAAUAGACUAGAAACUGCCAUGUAUUUUAAAUUCGAAGCUCCGGAAGGAACGAACUUUGUGGUCAUGCCAAUGUGCGGCGUAGUACAAGGACGAGGAUGGCAGAUAAUAUCAGUAGCAAUGGAACCUAAGACCUUAGGAAACUUCUACGAAACAUGGAACUUGAAGAUCAACAGGGUUCAUAAGGCCUACAUACGACUAAGUGGAAGCGCCGAGAGCAGUGAGUUAGAACUGAUGUCGCACGGAUACAGCCCCGAAACUCACGCGGUCUACGAAUUCCCACCUACCAUUACAGGAUGCACCAACUACACCACGGCGUAUUUCCACAACGUUACGAGGAUGAGCAUACACGUAAGAAUAUUAAAUUCCGUGCCAUGGCUCGGCGCGGACGACCGCGGGUCAAUAGUGAUACCACCCAAGCAAAUACUGUGCUACCACUGGUGGUUCUUUCCGAAAGAGGCCAACAAAGUUUACAAGACCACCAUCACAUGCUCGUGCGUCGUCCUUAUAAAUGGCAGACCCAUCGCUGAACCAAAAGAAAUAUUAAUCCAAAUUACUGGAUUUUCGGAACUUCCCGAUUUGAGAGUAUUACCCAAAUUGAACAAUUUUCACGACUUAGUGGUCAAAGAGAGGGUUACACGCACGAUCACUAUUUACAACUACUGUUCUUGCUUUUUUACUUCAAAAUUAUACUACACCAUCGAUGGUAUGGACGACGAUUGGAGUGGUGAUAGGAUGGAUAUAGACUCUGAAAUUAAUAGUCUGAAACCGUCCAAUCACUGCGAGAUCAAGUUGUCGGUGACGCCAGAUGGGGCGGGGCCCCGGCAGAUCAGCAUUUCUUACACAGUGCUGUACCGCAACGAGUUCGACCAGGUAGAGGAGAUCCAACCCAUUACCAAGACUAUAUGCAUCGUUUGGUAUGACGGCAUCUAUCCGAGCAUCAAGGUAAAGCGAACGCUAUCUGUAAAAUGUCCAGUGAUAUUGAGCAAUCAUUGCGUUUGGAAUAUUACCAAUGUAGAUGAAUUCAAUAAAGCUUUAAUGGACUGUCGACCAAACGAACCUUUGACCGUGAACCUGCACGCUCCCGACCUUUGCGUGCGGCUCGGCGAGGUAGAACUCAUUUUCGUAAUUGGCUGUGUCUAUGACGUACCGGUAGCCUGGAGCCUCAGAAGGGAGAAGAUAUGCGAUUGCGCUAUGAUUGAGGUCCAGAAAGGAAUAUCUACGUAUGAGUGGCGACAUAAUUGCGUGCACAGGUCUUUGGUUGAGUUGACACCUUCGAAUGGGAUCGUUUCGACCGGCAAUCCAGCGCUCUUAAAUUUGAAAUUUAAUUACACAUACGAAGGCCUCAACACGCUAUGUUACGUGCUAACCCUGCCCAAUCAGAGGUCGUUGUAUUUAUACAUCCACGUUUUUGCGAAUGUCAUAACCAAGGGGAUACUGACUCCUUUACGGAGACCAGCUGUUGACACGAGUGACUUAUACUUGUCGGUGCUGGAGUGUGGGAAAGUUCCGAUCAAUAAUUUGGAUCCGGUCAUUAGAAUCAUAUGGUUCUACAAUCCAACCGAGGUGUUCACAACGUGGAGGCUCCUGCGAGGAAACACGACAAGCCAAGACUCGGUGAUCAAAUGCCUGCUUUACUUCGCCGAGGUCCCACCGUUGGGAAAGCUGGCGAUCCCGUUCGCAUUCAUGCCUACAGAAAUGGUGGACUAUGAAACCACGUUUUCCUGCUCUUUUGGGUAUGACACGGUUAAAAUAUUGGUCAAAGGGCAGGGCGGUCUCCCUAAUUGCGUGGAAACAAGACUCGACAUACCACUGUAUGUUGAAAAAGAGAUCAGGGCUGCGUACAGAAAAGAAGUUGUAUUUUUGUCUCUGGAACACAGGACCAUCCCAAUAAUGCCUACACAUUCACUGAUCAGAGACACGCUAGCUAUCUGUAAUGACACUGACCACAUAAUACGAUUUAUAUGGCUACCGGAAAGAAUUGCAAAUAUCGUAAACGUAGUGAUGACACCGUGCUGGGGAGUGAUCCAACCAAAGAGCUCCGAGUGGAUUACUAUGACGGUUUAUACCUUGCAAGAACCUGCUACGUUCACCACAACAGUGGCGUGUGAAUUGCUAGAUUUAACCGAACGCAAACGCUACCAACAAAAUGAAUUGCUCCGGAAAAAUAAAAUGGAAAAGUGUAAUCAAGAAUUCAUAAUUACUGAAGAAGGAUAUUAUCGACCCGGCAUCAACGACGAGCCACCAUACGUGUUGGACAUAGAGAAACCAGAACCAUUUUACUUGUCGUUGACUAUAUCGAUAUCUUCCAAAGGCCAACGCGAUGGCUUCCCACGGAUGCUUUUGAAACAACAAUGGGAGCAGACCCCACCCUACGAUUUAUUAACAUCGGAACUCCACGACUACUAUCAAAAAGGGAGUUCUGGCAACAGUAUGACUACACUGGAUAUUAUAAGAAUCAUAGACGGGAUACUAUGGGAUGCUCUACAUAGCAAAAUGUUUAAGAACCAAAUUGAAUAUUUUGCCAAAGAAGACAUACCAACGUAUUCCCAUUUGACGAAUGCUAUAGAGAGCAAAGAGAAAUCAGUUUUAAGCAGACGAGUAACGUCGGGAAUUUGCGAUGCCAUCGUGAACAAAGCCAUCUACCAUGUCUACAACCUCAACCCGAAGCACGAAAUAUCCAUCUUCGAAGCUGAAUAAUAGGACUUUCUAUUUAACCCUUUAACCGCCAAAUACUUCACUGACGCGCCCGGCUACAGCGCAAUA